GUCGAGGAUCUGAAUCUGAAUUCUGAAUGCAACUGAAGAUGUCAUUUUGCAGAGCUCCUUCACGGUACGUCUUCUUCCGAUUUCCUAUGUUUUCUGCAACGUCUACAUCUACCUUCCUUCUUUCUUCCCUGCAUGCCUUUACUCCCCAUUUCUGUUUCCGUUCCAAGUGUACGAAUCCUCAGAACAUUGAAGAGGCCGUCUCUUCUUUUAAUCGCUUGCUUCAUGUGUGGCCCCAACCCUCGAUAAUACAAAUUAAUAAGAUCUUAGGAGCUCUUGCAAAGUUGAAACAUCAUCGAACAGCUAUCUCCCUUUUUGCACAAGCGGAAUCUAAGGGAUUCACGCCAUCUCUGGUAACGCUGAGCAUCUUAAUUAAUAGUUACUGCCAUUUGGGUCAAAUGGCUUCUGCUUUCUCUGCCUUGGGCAAGAUUCUUAAGAUGGGCUAUCAACCAAAUACGAUUGCUUUGACCACACUAAUGAAGGGCCUUUGCAUCAAUAAUGACGUUGGAAAAGCCUUGGAUUUUCAUGACGAUUUGAUAGCAAAAGGAUUUCAGUUAAAUGCAAUUAGCUAUGGCACACUGAUCAAUGGACUAUGUAAGAUUGGGAAAACAAGAGCUGCUGUUAAAUUACUCAUAAAAAUGGCGAGAGGACCAGUUAAGCCUAACUUAGUUAUGUAUACUAUGAUUAUUGAUGGCUUUUGCAGGGAAAGACUCAUAACUGAAGCUUGUGAUUUAUUUCAUGAACUGAUUGAUCAUGGAAUAUCUCCUAAUGUUAUGACCUAUAGCUCUCUCAUAAACGGUUUUUGCGUCCUUAAUAAAUGGCCAGAAGCUGCCAAAGUGCUUAAUGAAAUGAUACUUAAGGGCGUCAACCCUGAUGUUUGGACUUUUAAUAUAUUGGUCGAUGCAUUUUGUAAGGAAGGAAGUAUGACUAAAGCUGAAGCUCUUGUUGCCAUGAUGAUGAAGUAUGGUACAAAGCCUGAUCAUGUUACUUACAACUCUUUGAUGGAUGGUUACUUUUUGUUCAAUAAUUUCCUUGAGUCAAAAAAACUAUUCAACAAGAUGGUCAAUAGUGGUUUAGCUCCUGAUAUUAUUAGCUAUACCAUUUUAGUUAAUGGAUUCUGUAAAAUGAAGAUGGUUGAUGAGGCCAUGAAUCUCUUCAAAGAAAUGUGUCGCACAAGCUUGACUCCGGACAUUGUCACCUACUGCUCCCUUAUCGACGGUUUGUUCAAGUCAGGUAGAAUCUCUGAUGUUCAAGAUAUUAUUUAUGAGAUGCAUGUCAGUGGACAUACUCCAAAUAUAAUAUUUUACAAUAUCUUAUUAGAUGGACUUUGCAAAAGUCAACAUCUUGACCAAGCAAUUAUAUUAUAUAAGCAAAUUGUUAAUCUAGGAAUUCGGCCUAGUACUUACACAUAUACCAUACUUAUUGAUGGUUUGUGUGAGGGUAACAGGUUAAAUGAUGCAUGGCAGAUUUUCCAGCAUCUUUUGGUUAAUGGCCAUCCAUUGAAUGUGCAAGCAUAUAAUGCUAUGAUCAAAGGACUUUGUAAAGAGCGUCUGUAUGAUGAGGCAAAGGGCUUGCUCUAUAAAAUGAAAGAGAAAGGAUGUUCACCUGAUGCUAUAACUUUUAAAACACUUAUUAUCCCUCUCUUGGAAAAAGGUGAGAAUGAUGAGGCAAGGAAUCUGAUUGAUGAAUUAUUCGUCAAGGUCUCUUGAAAUGAUAAAAGAAGGCACUCACACGAGCAUCUAUCACCAAAAUGACACCUAGAAUUCCACUCCUCCCUAUAGUAAUUCCAUCAAAUCAUAGCGCCAAACAUGAACCUGCUGCUGCUUGUUCUUGGCUGAAAGCAGUUGGUCGCCAGGCUCCAGAAGUGGUCAUCAUUGAUCUUGACAAGACAUUAAAGACAAUUAUUUUAAAUGUCUUUCCUAAUGCUCAUCACUGAUCUUUGAGAAGAGGUGGUCAAAAAUUGUUGAUAGGUUUGAGCUCUGCGAGGAUGAAUGCAAGCAGUCAUUGUAUGAUAGUUGCGACAUACUCCUCUGGUCCUAUUUAUAGGGCAGAGAGAGAAGGUAUUUUUUGAUCUUAUU